AUGGCUCCAAGGCUACCUCGCCACUAUAUGGGCGACAUCUACUCCGAGUAUCCCGAUAACGACACAAUGAAGACGAUCCAACUCUGUGCAGAUGGACUAUCCUAUCCAGGCUUCGGCGACCGACACGUUCUUCUCCAAUGGGAGAAUGGCCCUAGCAAGGAAGGGGGCAGCGUGAUCCAGAUCAUCCAGCUCAGCGGCAUGCCGGGCAACUACGCAUAUUAUGCCCCCUUCGCCAAGGCAGGAUUGGAUGGAGCUUUGACAACACAUACAUUCAUUUCGCUCGGGCAGUUCACUCGAGCACAGCGCGACAGGAUUUUGGAGCUUGCCAAUGCUGUCGUAUUUGAGAGGACAUCUGUUGUCAAUAGUUGUCGAACGUGGACUAGGGAUCUUUUGAUGGCGAUGGUCGAUGAAGGUCUUCUAGAACGGAGUCUCUUCGAGGAGAUAGAUGAAACGAUUCCUCUUUUGAAGCGUCAGGCGGAGGUUUAAUGUUACUGUUGCUUUGCCUAUUUCACGUGGAGGAUCUGGUGUUUUAUUGUGUUGGCUUUUCUGAAUGAUUUUGUACCAAAUGUUGCACGCCACACUGCCUAGGUAUCGAAACAUGCACUACUUAGUUACAUACUUAAUAGUGGAGGUAUUCUGUC